GUAGGGCGGGAAUUCGGGAGAAACUGGCUUUUUGGUGGCACCACUGUGGCUGGGAAGGAAGAGCGCAGCCAGAGCUGGUGGGUUCGUCUGUCGUGGUGGCGUUGGCGGCGGUGGCGGCGGGCACUUGCAGCGCUUGGGCUGCAUGGUACGGGAGCACCACUUCCCAGGGUGUGCACCUUGAGACGUUCCAAGGCCCCUGCAGGCUUGAUUUCACUUUGGAGAGGUCCACAGCUGCACCAAAAGAAACCCAGCCAGUGUCCGUAUGAGGAGCCUCCAUUGGUAAGUCAUUGUUUUCCUUAUGCAACAUCUGGUCCUGGUUCUGUUAGGAUCCCAUUUGGGUACAGUGUCUUAGGACAUACAUGAACUCCUGUCCAAGGCACUAGGGAGAGGUCACACUACCUUCUUGGUUCUUGGUUCCUCUUUCGUGUUUUGUUUUCUGUUUCUUUGUCCUGAGUCUUCUGAGGUCGGAUUUAGGGUGACUGGAAGACAAAAUGGGAAAUAAGACUAGUAAAUCCUACGGAUGGGACUCCCCACUGCCUCCCCCCAGUCAGUGCUCACCCCUGUCCAAACCCCCACCUCAGUCUAAACACUCUGCUCAAUCUAAACGCUCACCUCAAUCUAAACGCUCCGCUCAAUCUAAACGCUCCCCUCAAUCCAAUCCCCCACCUCAGUCCUCAUCUUCAUCCAAACCCUCACCUCAAUCUAAACGCUCCCCUCAAUCCAAUCCCCCACCUCAGCCCUCAUCUUCAUCCAAACCCUCACCUCAAUCCAAAUCCUCACCUCAAUCUAAACGCUCCGCUCAAUCUAAACGCUCCCCUCAAUCUAAUCCCCCACCUGAGCCCUCACCUCAACCUCGACGCCUACCCCACCAGCUGGAUCACUCCCUGUCCUCUCCCCUUCCCACAUCCAACCUGGAGUUACUUCCUUAUGCUUCUAAGCGUCUUCAGCUGCAACGGCAGUCCGGGUCCUCCUCUCUUACCAGGUCUCCCGCUACUGAUCUUUCUAACUGUAACACCCAGAACCCUCCUUUCAGCACAGACGGGAACUGUAUAGCCUAUGAACCUUUAACUACCACUGCUCUCUUUAAUUGGAAGAUGCAGUACCCUUCUUUCAGCACAAACCCAAGUUCCCUGAUCUCUUUAAUGGAGUCUAUCUUCUCCAUCUACUUCCCUUCUUGGGAUGAUUGUCAGGCUAUCUUAGCCAUCUUCUUCACAUCGGAAGAGAGGGACCGGAUUCUGACAGAGGCAGCGAAAGCAUUUCUCAGAAUGGGCACACAGACUGGCAGAUGGAGGGCAGAUGUAGUUGACUGUGUCCUACCUACUUGGAGACCUGACUGGAACUCUGGGACAGAGCGAGGUAGGAGGACACUCAGAAAUUACCACAAAGCUUUGUUAGAGGGAAUGAAACAGGCAGCCCAGAAGCCCACUAACUUCCUCAGGCUGAUGUGUACUAUACAACGUCCAAAGGAAUCGCCUUUCGAGUUUCUCGAACGACUCCAGGAGGCAUACCGCAAAUACACACCCAUAGAUCCAGACGACCCGAUAAACUUUGAGGAGAUUAACCGAACCUUUGUAGACCAUUCGGCGUCAGACAUACGUAAUGCAAUCCAAAGAGUGUAUGGAUUCGAAGACAUGACAAGGUUAGAAUUAUUGAAAAUAGCCCAGAGAGUGUUUGACAGUAGAGAGAGCGAAGAAGAGGUGAUAAUAAAAACAAUAAUUAAGUUUCUGAACAAUUCACAGCAUUCCUUCAGUCGUGGCCAGAGACCACAAAGACUUCGAAGAGACCAAUGUGCUUACUGCAAGAGAUUGGGGCAUUGGAAAAAUGAAUGCCCCAAACUAAGACAGGUCUGCUCCUAUCGAGGCCAGUUUUAGCUUUAAGAGCAUAGUAGGGCCAUAGCUCUUUAAAAUUAGGCCCCCAGGAGCCUAUGGUAGCCUUUUCAAUUGGGGCCAAUCUGUAAAUUCCAACUAGGAUCCUUCACAUUUGAUAUUACAAAAUCCCUUGGGGCCCCGGGGCCCCUCACCAAUCAAACCAUGGAAAUGCAGGGGCAACAGGGGAAGUGAAAAAUAUAAACAGACUACAGAAUGGACUUAAUCGAGGAAAGAGGACAGUGACUCAUUCUUUUGUUAUCCCUGAAUGUGCCUGUUUACUGUGCUCAGGAGAGACUCAAACAAGCUCCAGGCAACUAUCUCGUUCUCAGGAGAUGUGACUAAACUACAACUAAGGGGGUGCUGCCAAAAUCCUGUUCAUCACCUGUCUCUUACGCGGGAAGUGCCUCCUCCAUCACCAGGGUCUAAUCCAGGCCCCUAAAGAGAAAUGAAGAGAACAACUUGUCAGGGAUGUUUCUAAGUGUUUGGGCUAAAAGACAGUCUUCCUGGUAGGGUCCAGCAUGUGUUGCCAGUUAUAGCUCAGCUACUUCUGAGGCCAUGCCCACUUGAGUGGGACAGUACUCCAUCAUUAGUGACGGAGGCCAGAGUGGGAAUCAAGGUCCACAUUAGAUGCCUUCACAAGGCAGCCAUACUCAUUCCAUGCUAGUCAGCCUGGAACUCUUCAAAACCUGGGACCAAUAUUGUCCACCAGUCCAGGAUUUAAGGCGAAUGACUAGGUGAGUGGAAACUACUUGCUCAGCUAUUCCCAACCCUUCAUCGUCUGCUCUGCUUGCUGCUGCCUGAGCUUAGGGUUUAUACUGUACUGGAUCUAAAGGAUGCAUUUUUUUUCCAUUCCUUUGUCAAAACUAAAGGCCUCUUUGCAUUUGAAUAAGCUGAUCUGGACCAGAUUACCUAAAGGUUUUAACAAUUCCCCUAUUAUUUUUGAUUUUGCCCUUUACCUAGACUUAAGUGAGAUAUGAGUGUUUGACUGGAAGUGCUUGACCUUCACUCAGGCAAAUAUUGCCCCAAAGGCACUGAAGUCAAGAUAUUGACUAAGGUCCAAUUUUGGGAACUGGACUUUACUGAAAUCAAGCAAGGGUAACAUGGAUAUAAUAAAUACUUUAUAGUCUUUAUCAACACUGUCUUGCACUGGGUAAGAGGCCUUUCCAACCUCAGUGGAAACAGCCCAGAUAGUAGCUAAGAAAUUAAUGAUGGAAAUCAUCCCUAGAUUUGGCCUCUCCUUAAUUUUGGAGUCUGACAGUGGCCUGGCCUUCAUGACCAAACUGUCUCAGAUGACUUCAGAAGCUCUCAGUAUAAAUUGGAGGCUACAUAGCAUGUGUCAUCCUCAGAGCCCAGGGAAGGUAGAAAGAAUGGAUUGGACCUUAUAGGAAACUCACUAAAUAUGUUCUUGAGACUGAUGGGAACUGCGCUGACCUCUUGCCUUUUGCCCUCAGCAAGGGCUUGUUGCACCCCCUACUGUGAAAAAUUCACUCCAUGUGAAGUAAUUUAUGGAUAGCCACUCCCAGUGAUUCCCUCUGGUAAGAGUUAAGAACGAUUUCCUAAUUUCUGAAUCCCUGAAGGGAUUCCAGUUAACUCUGGAUAAGAUCUUUCCUCAAGUCUAGGCUGCCCAAUUAACUGGGCACUGCUUGCCUGACCAGCUGUUCCAACCUGGUGACCCUCCCUACAUGGAACCAAGAUGAUGCCCCUCUAUCAGGAUUCUCUGGAUGCCCAGUGCUGUUAAGCUGCUGCUGGUCACAUCUCAAGACAACGCCAGAGGAUCUGUGGAAGAGGGCCACUAAAACCAGAAAUUGGUUGAAUAUCUCCUCCAAGUUAAGAUCUCUAAGGUUUAAUGUGGUUUUUGUUUGUUUGGAUUUUUUUUUGUUUUGUUUGGGUUGUUUUUUCAAGACAGGGCUUCUCUGUGUAGCCCUGGCUGUCCUGGAACUCACUCUGUAGACCAGGCUGGCCUCGAACUCAGAAACUCACCUGUCUCUGCCUCCCAAGUGCUGGAAUUAAAGGCAGGCACCACCACUGUCCAACAGGUUAAAUGUUUUUUUGCUGACCUGCUUUUACUCCUUUUCUUAGACUAUGGAAGCCAUCAUGUUAGUCUUGAUCUGUUAGGUUAUGUUCUUACCCCGGAACUUCAGCUGUAUAUAAUAACUCACAUGGACAACCCACCUGGAAGUAGGAGCUUAGACUCACUGAUACAGGUCAGGGGUUGGACACCUUUAUAACUUCCGAGCAGCCUAAUCUGAAAGCUGAUUACUGCAUAUUCUUUCCCUUACGUCCUAGAAUGGGCUGUGGACAUUUACAAUUGGAGAAAAACUUAGGAGGUUUCCUGGUUUACAUCUAUCCAUCCCAGGGAAGCAAAAUUUGCCCGGCACUAAUGCCUAUCAUUGUGCCUCUUGGAGGACUCCAAAACUGUCACGAAGCCUGCCCUAAGGCAAAACAUGACAUUCUUACUGGAGCUCCCAAGCCCUCUAAAACCAACUUUUAAUUGUCAGCUGGAAUCUUGUAACAUUGUAUUCCCCAACCUAAACUCUGAACAUUUUUGACUCUUCUGAAAAUUCACAUUGGAAUAUAGGAAGAACCUGGGGAAUUUGGCCAUAUGUGUGGGGCUGGAUCCCAGUUCCUCAAUUACCAUGCAGUGAUAAAGGUUAAGACAGGAAGAAAAACCCAUAGGCCCCAGUAGAGACCUCCUCCUCACACCCCUCCACAUGGUUUCUCUGUAUAGCCCUGACUUUCCUGGAACUCACUCUGUAGACCUGGCUGGCCUCAAACUCAGUAAUCCACCUGCGUCUGACUCCCAAGUGCUGGGAUUAAGGGUGUGCACCACCAUUCCCUGGGUUUUUCCACCACACCCAUGUUCCAAAGACCCCAAUUACCGGCAUGCCUCUUUCCUAUCAGUCCUAACCAGGACUGAUGGCUUUGCCUCGACCCCAAACCCACCUAUUCUGUAGGAAUAACUUACAAUCUGUCAUGCCCUGCAUUGCCCGAGCUUCUGGUGAUGCCUGCUUCUAGUCCCAGCCCAAGCUGUUCCUAGGUGAGGUCCCAGGAUAAGGAUUGUUUCCCGUCAGAAACUUCAGGCUCCCUAGCGUCUUCAUAUUUGUAUAAUUGUGCAAUCAUUCCUUAUUCAGCACCUGACUAGCACAGGUACUGAGAGAGUCAGCAGCUCCUCCUCCUUGCCUCUGCUGAUGCUUGGUGGCCUUAUACCAAGGAUCACAAGUGCCUGCUGGUCUCCUCUGCAUUGUCCAUAGGACACAUUCGCCUUUGUGCAUCCUCACUCAUGUCCUUCCUCUGGUGGGAAUGAAGGCUGCCUGCAUCUAGCCAAGCCACCUGACCACCCUCACCCAAAGCUGGUGGUUCUCCCAUUAGUCUCAUGCUUAGUGAAUUCAGGGAUUGUAGGGCCCGCAGCACUAGGAACAUCAGCUCCGGAAAACUCUGAAUGCUAAAGUUAAAUAGGAUUUAAGGUUAUUAUAAAAGACACAGUCCUAGAUAGGAAUAGUAGGUGGAUUCUCUGGCAGAAAUAAUAUUACAGAAUAAAAGGUUUGGCUUACUCUUCUAGAAACUAAGGAGGCCUGUGGGUAGCUGUCAGAGAAACCUAUUAUUUUUACACUGACCAAUCAGGCAUAGAGAAACUUGAGCUAUGGUAAGAAACAAUCUGAAAACCAAAUAUUUAGACAAACAGGAAGGAGACAGUUGGUGCGGGUCCCUUUUUAACUGGUCACCCUGUCUAACCACCCUUGUUUCAGUGGCUAUAGGUCUCCUGAUACCCCUAAUGUUUCCUAUGACCUUCUGGUGCCUUACAAAUCUUGUCUCUGACAAAAAGAGAACGCUAAAAUGCUUGCCUUCGGCUGGCACUAGUAACCAUUAGCUAGAAAUGGUAGUUUCCUUUCAAGGAUAGGACAGGAGCAUCUAAGACGGGAAUCAGAAACCAGUCCAACCAUGUCAAGGCCAGGAGUCGUUUUGAGGCUCUGUUUACUGUAAAACUUCCGUUUCAACUUCUGUUUCUCAGAAUUUGGCUGUACCCCAUCCUGUAAACAGAGAAUGUACCAGAUGUUCCAGGGAGAUUUCCUUAACCACCUUGUUCUUCCUGCUGGCAAAAUCCCCCUCCCCUUCAGUUCUGUCCUAGAAAAGAGAUAUGGGAACAAAGGGUAGAGCUGUUUUCUAGAACUCAGAUCUUAGGGAGAGAUGGCCCCCCGACUGGCUGUGUUGUACAUAGGUUAAAGCUUGCUUUGAAUUGGCCAUAAUUUGUGGUCAGUGGGACUAACGGGCUUCCCCAGGAGUACUCCUCAGCCUAGCUUGGGGCCCUUGCUCUGCUUUGAGCUCCCUAUCAGGCAAAGGAAUUGUUUAGCAAAUGGAUUUGACCUGGGAGCUGCUCCCCUCCUCCCAGGAGUGGUUGGUUCAUUGAGUCUGCUAACACUCUUCAAAAAGUUGCUAUUGAUGCCAGAAAGAGGAAGCUACUUCUCUUUGAGGAUGCCAACAAUGCCCCGCUCAGCAGAGGUCCCAUGGCUGCUGAGCGUUAGGGAGGAACAGACAGGGUCUGCCCUGCAGGCUCCGCCCUGCUGGGGAGAGGUUGGUCAAGGGAGGCGUGAUAGUCCUGGAGUGACACCCAUGGUCCAGGAAUAUGGCGACCAGCCUGUUAGGGCCUCAGCAAGCCCCCCUUGUUCAACCGUCCCAUGUGUUGCCUGGGUUCCAGGGCUCUGGUGUAAGUUGGCAGGCUCAACUUGGUCUCCUUAAUAGUUGUUUUAGAAGCUGCUUUUUCCUCCUGGGGAAUCGUGCCUCCUGGGAGGACAGUCGCCUUUAGAUGCAACUGCUUCCAGGACUCCAAAGGCCAUUCCCACAGUAUAAGCAAAGACUUCUUCUUUUUGAGUUGUGCUAAGUAGUCAGACAAUCCUUGAACCUGGGAUCCUCUGGUCCCAGGGUAAGAAGAGCCAGUUGUGUUUUAACACCUCAUUGGGAAUAGCUGAGGCUUGCCAGUGUGUGUCCUAAAGAGAGCCCCAUUGUAACUGGGGACCCUGGCUGCUUUGGAGAUGCUGGUACCAUGUGAUAGUCACUGGAAAUACCAGCCACAGUUAACUGGAGCCAACUGGGACCUAAAAGGCAGGCUGUGUGUGUUGCCAAAAGUGGGCCCAGAGACGUGACCUAAGCCUCCUGGGAAAGCCCUAAAGAAUUGUGGGUGAAUCCCAGAAAUUGAGCAUUGACAAUUUUACACUGUGGGAGUUUGGUUUUGCCUUGAUUGUGCACUUUUUUCCCUAUUGAAUUUUUUUUUAAAGUACUUUAUAUUUUUUUAUUUGUUUUCUUUAUUUACAUGUCAUAUAAUAUCUCCUUUCCCAGGUU